AUGGAUGGAACCAAAUGCCCCAGCCCAGUAUAUUCCAGUCACCUGCUCGCGGCCAAUGGGGCACUCCGCACAGCAAUGGAUUCCUCUGCGACAACUGUUACUGGGAUAAAGUGGGACGCUGGGAGGGCAAGCCCUGAUUGGUUUGCCCUUGAGAAUCCGUGUCUUCUCGUUGGAUUCCUGUCUGCCAUCCGUUCCCAAGUUCGGUCCUGGAUUCGGCGUAUCUCGUUUAUGCCUUUGCACGACCGAAUUUGGUAUAUCGACAAUGACGAGUUCGCCCUGUCGCAUUGGCAAAGGGAGGGGAAUGACGAGCCGACCUGGAGUGGAUGGAAGGACAUGGGCUAG